AUGUCCACGCGUGGCCGUGCAGGCAGUCAUUCGUCCGGUGGUUUGUCGCGUACAGGAGCGUUAAUCAGAGCCAUACGAGACCUCUCAAAAGGAAGCAUACACACAGACGCACACACAGCCAGCGACGCCCACAGCGACGCCCACACACACGCGGACCACGACAUUACCCCUCCGCCAGAGAUAGACCAAUGCAGCAUCGCGUCCAUGGCAACG